CAUAUGCCCCUCUUCUUAGCCAUCUCAAAAGCUCCCUAUUAAUCCCUCGACAAUAUCUGUCUCUUCAAUCAACUGCUAAUGGCUUCCUCUUCUUCUUCUUUGUACGAGGUUCUGGGUAUCUCAAUGAGCGCAAGUGGCCACGAAAUCAAGGCUGCGUACAGGAGGCUGGCCAGAAUGUGUCACCCCGACGUGGUGGCCAUGAACCAAAAGGAAAUGUCUACAACGGAGUUUAUGAAAAUCCAUGCUGCUUAUUCUACUUUAUCUGACCCUGAUAAAAGAGCCAACUAUGACAGAGACCUCUUCCAGCGGAGACACCCUGUUGGGUUUUCUUCCGCCCUUUCUUCAGCUGCAAUGGCGUCCAUCUCUAGCUUUUCCGGUGGUUACAAUUACAAGGGAAAUUGGGAGACUGACCAGUGCUGGUAGAUUAAUCUAUAAAUGUAGUUCCUGUAACUUGUUAAUUAUGUAGUCAAUUUAGUAUCUUCAGCCAUAUUUUUGCUCGGGCUUGUGUUAAGAGUUGCAGGGAUGUUCAUGGACAAGUUAUUUUCAAUCUUCAUGUCCUUUGUACCAUCUUUUUUCUCUUCUUUAUGAGUGGAUAAGUCCUGUUUUCUAUA